UCUACAUUUUGAUAGUGUUGAUUUCAUUUCUUUCCCAAGCUAGUGUUUCACAUUCGAAGACAUCCAAGCGAAAAUUUUCGACCUAUUUGUGUGAUACCAAGUGAAGAUUUGCCAGUUAGUGCUGAACAGUUAUUUCCAUGAUCAAUUUUAUUUUAUCCUGGCUGGAAAUAGAUAUUCCUAGAACUAGCUUUUCCUUCCUUUCCAUAAUGCAUGAAAUGUCACGAUUUUCCAGAGAAGGCAUAUUGUGCUUUGUCAUCAGUUUGCUCUACUAAUUAAUUAGAGCAUUGACCAUUGGUGUAUGCGAAAACAAACAUGAAGAUAUCAUGGAAUCCCUGUGAUCAGUACCCAUUUUCAGUCAGUCCUCAUCUACUAUUGAUCAUUGACAAUUUAAACUGAAAGCUUGGACCUGUAAAGUGCAAACUCAUUCAGAUGCUCUGAAAUGGCCAAAAUCGAUUCAUAAUGGCUUCCCGUGAACUCAGUCUGAAAGGCAAUGAUAUUAUUGUUCAAACAGUGCUGAAAAGGACUCCCCUCUCUAGUCCUGUCAAAGACAGCGACUCAAACUCCAACGAUGCUGCUUUUCGACCAUCAAAUCUGGCGAUUGAGGCCGAAAAUUCGUUUACACCCUCCCUCUUGGGCCCGCUGAAGCCACGCUCCUCUAUACUUGAAAAGACUUCACCUCCCGCAACAAGCGCUCCCUUUGGCCCAACUAUCCUAGACAAACUUAUCACAAAAAAUAAGUUGCAGUCAAUGAAAGAGGCCGAGCUUAGGAAAGACAAGAAUGAAGUGGUUACGGCACCACAAGAUGUAAAAACGGUAGAUCCUCAGGUCCUAGAAAAACGCAAGAUGAUGGCGUAUAGACUAAGGAAUCCAUUUGUAACAAAGCGCAGGAAAAAGUUUAAGCGCAAGAUGAAUCAACAGGAAGCCUCGAAACAGGAAGGCUCCAAGCAGAAAAGGUUGACGGGCAAUGCAUCUCCAAGCUCAAAGAAAAAUUCCUCAGUCAAGGAUUCAAAGAUAGACACAAGAAUUGCUGCCAACCGUGCCCGGAGGAGGCUCAACUCUGAAUCGAGCUCUAGUCUGCAAAGCAAAAAGUCUCUACGUAAUAAGUCCAGACCUCUUAAGCAACAAUCCAAGAUGUCAAACGUUGAAGCACUAAAGCAGAGCUCAAAAAUGGGCAGAAACAACCGAUACUCAACUCGAUCUGACUCUCCUGUUCUGCGAAAUGGAAAACGCAGGAAGUGUGAUGAAAUGUCUUUAGAUCUCUAUGACAUAGACACGAAAAGAAAGAAAUUGACAAGAAUUGAUCUGGCAUCUGUCAAGAGUGAUGGUAUGUCAGAUGAGCAGUGCAGCUAUGUCACUGCUUCUGAAAGUGAUAUUUGCAGUUUUCUAGACCUGGAAACAAGCUCUCAAAACUUAGAUGUAAAGGAAGAAUCAUGUGACUCAACGUUCAAGCUAGAAAUUCCAACAUCUCCUAGUGUUGAUGGAGAUGAAGGCAAUGCCAACAUGAUAAACUUAAAAGAACCUUUCAAAGGCAUUGGGGCUUCACCUAUGAAAGUACUAAAGAAGGAGCGUUGUAGUGUCGAACAAGAAAGUAAAUCAUUGGAUGGUUUUGAUGCAAAGUCUCCUGUUAAAGUUGAAAACUACGAAAGUUUAAAGAGCGAGGUUGUUUCUCCAAAAGUGGAAAUAGAUCCUAAUUCAGAGGAGGCAGAGCAAGAUUUCGAAAGUCUCGAUAUGAAAGAUGCUGAAAAGGAUAUUGAAGAAGUCAGCGAAGAUGAUACUGCAAUGGAGAAAGAUUUUGUGAAUGAGGAAAAAUCAGAAGAUCUUUCAUUUCAGCUCAAUUGCAGCAAUGAAACGGUGGUGCUUGAUGACUCUUCUGCGUCUGAUAAUGUUACGACCACAGGAGAACUGAGCAGCAAUAGAACAAAGGAGCCUAAUGUUCCGAAAUCAAGCUCAAAGGAAGUUUGUCAAGGGAGGAAAUUUAGGUCAGCAUCCUUGAAUAACAGUUGCUGUACGGGUGUAACAUUCACGCGCAAGCGCUCCUCACAAAAAGAUGAUGAAGAACUCAAAAGUUCAGAUUCAGAUGAACAUGAAGUCAGUUUUACUGCAGAUAACAGUCAGUUUGAGUUGUUCGUGGAGCGGGAGUACAAGCGAGGCCAAAAGAAACGAAGUUCCAGUGAUACCAGUCUUCAGCGGCUUCAGAAUACCAGUGAUGCAACAGAUAUAAAAUUCAAGUUGAUUCGGCCGAUACCUGAAGAUGAGAAAUCAUCUGAUGCAAACGGCCCGUUUAGUGAUGAAAAAGAGAAUGAGUUCUAUGAAAAGUACAUCACUGAGGAGUCGACCAGUGAAGAAGCUUCAUGUAGCUCAUCGCAGGUUUCAGAGCACCCCAAGAUAACGGACAAAGAGUUUUCGUCCUUGGAGGACAUGAACACUAAAAACGAUAAUGAUCUGAAGAAGAAUGAUGAACAGCAAGCAGUGAGUGAAAGUAAACAAGACCAGUCAACAGACGAUGGUCUUUCUACCUGUGAGAACAACAAGCCUCCGUGCGAAAAUCCGGAAGCUCAAGCAAUGAAGGAGUCCAUAUUGGGCGCUCUUGGGCUUCAGUCCGCAUCGAUGCAAGCUGCUUCUAAAACAAAGCCCAAAGACAAGUAUACAGGCACACUGAAAGCAGUGAUCAAACUGAACCGAAAUGCGGACAAAAAGAGCGCAGCAGGGAGGAUGGUCUUCAAGCAGAAAGAUACCUCUAAUGUUGGUGGCAAGAGUCUUGAGUAUCGAAUUUGCUCAGAGUUGGCACCUGGAACAGAAAACGUACCUUUGACCCACUUAAAAGACAUUGUCGUGAACAGUAUCUCCAAGAAAGCUCACUCUAAACCUAAAUCUCACUUUGAUCUGAGUGGACCUCUAAACGAAGUUGAUUUGGAGGUCGCACAAGUAAAGAAAGCUGAUGAUUCUGGAGAUGGCUCCACUGCAAAAGAAGGGGAGCCAAAGAAAGCAUUGGUUAUCCCAGAGAAAAGUUCAUCUUUCUCAAUCCACCCCGAACGUCUUUGUUCUGAUGUGUGCAGUUAUUGUCAUGGGAAAUUUGGGUCAUUGGACACUCCCUGUCACAUUGGUCAGAUAAAGAAUUCUGAGAGGCGAUCUAAAAUCCUAAGUAUUGAAAUCCUUCUGACAAAAGACUCCUGUCUCUGUGAUGCGUGUUUCCGUUACGUAGACCGAAGAGCCAAUUGUCCAUCAUUCAAAGCGCAAACUCCACGACCUCAGAAACGACAGCCAUUAAGCGAUGCUGUCUGUUCCGUUCAGGGCUGUGGUCAGCCUGCAAAUCACUCUGUAAGGAGGAAGUGGAUUGUGAAACUGAAGAAGAGCAUUGCGAAAAAGUUGAUGAUUGACAUGGAGAAGAUACAACAUAAUCAACACUUACCAUUCCCUCUGUGCUCUCAACAUUAUUACUGGGUGGACUAUUUCACAGUUUGCGGUAUUUGUAAGAAACGAUUAUCGCGGAAUAAUAUGUAUGCGCUGGGCCCUGAAGCUGAAGAGUUGAAUCAGUACUUGCAUGAGGAUGGUAUACCGGUCCACCUGACUGAUAAACUAUUCCUUUGUAAGUUAUGCCGCUACUACAGUUCUUUGCGCCUCAAGUACAAGGACCUAUCUCUGAUGACCCCUGGACAUAAGACUUACUUCCGGAGCUAUCGAAGAAAGAUUUUACAAUAUCAUGAUAUUGAAGUGAGCGAGAGUGAAGAAGACAUUGGUAGCAAAUCAGCCGAGGAUGAGUCUGCAGACCAUCACCAACAAGGAAAAGUGCGGCGGCGCAAAGGUAAGAAGAGUGCCUCAGAUGAAAUUAAGAAAGCAGGGCCCGAGGAAAAACCAAGACCAAACCUCUCAAGCUCACAAGGAUGCAACUAUGUUGAUCCGGUGGAGGGUCAAAGUGAGGCUCUAGCUCCAACAAUUGAUUACAGUGCCUUAGAUGACAACCCCGAUGUUGGAUUUAAUAAUAUUGCAUCCCUCCUGAGUGGACGGGAUCAGCCUGAGUGCGGGAAUCAAGCGCGCAUCCAGGUCAAGUUCGGCAAUUUAAAUAUUGGUAAAUUGGCAAACUUGAAUAUUGGUCAGGAUGCACGUACAAACUCUUCUGCUCCGCGACCACCGUAUCUCCCUGGAGAGCAAGAUCUCCCGCUGAAAGCAGAUAUGUCGUUCCAGUCAAACAACAAAAAAACAACCUGGGAACGUUGCGUUUCUACGAUCCAGUUUGAUAAAGAUACUAAACAACUGUGGCAGGAACUUCAGCGACCCUAUGGGAAUGCCUCUAGUUUCAUGCGGCACCUAGUCAUGCUGGAGAAGCACUGGCGGUCAGGUUCUCUGGUUCUCGUGGAUAACCCAGACCCUCGUGCAGCCAAGUACGUCAACAGUGUGCGUAACCGUGUAGACUCUUUUGAACGUAAUUUUAAAACGCCUACUCUCUCGACGAUUCUGUCUAAACCGCCUGUUCAAAGCCCGUCUCCAAAUCCGCCAGCCAAUGUACCCUCUGUAGUAUCUGGCACAAGUGCAGAAACGGAUGUUGCUCCCCCUAAACUCAGCGACUCAAGUGAUAAAUGUGAUAAAUUAGUCAGUAAGUCCGAUGCUCCUCAGGUGCCUCCCGUAACUAGUGCUGUGGUGAAUGAAAUAUCAACCUGUGUAAUGGUUAGCACUCCCAGUGUUCCAGUUGUUUCCAAUGUUCCGACCACUACAUUCAGUCAUGGGACCAGCACACCAAAGUCUACAACUAGCACACCAUGCUAUACGACCAGCGGGCCUAGUUUUACGACUUCAGCAACCACCAGUGCUCUAGUACAGAGUCUGAAUGCGCCAAGUGCUAUUCCAAUUGUCAAUCUAGUGAAUUUGAAUUCAAAUACUUCUAAUUCAAACACUAGUUUUUCACCUAGCAUUAGUUUUUCAAAUCCUAGCAUUAGUUUUUCAAAUCCAAGCAUUAGCUUUCCAAAUUCUAGUGUAAGCCUCAGUCGGACCAGUGCAAGCCCAAAUGUAUCUUACGCUAGUUUAGCCUCGGUGCCCGCGAGUUCAAGCCCCAGCGUUAGUCUUAUCCUCCCACCCAAUUUAUCUACAUCCCUUCCUAGCUCCCUUCAAAACACUCUUAUCAAUUUUGAUAGGAACAAUAUUAGCCUUAAUCAAUUUUCCGCACCCAACAUUAGCAUUAGUCCUAGCCCUAGUUUGAAAACCUCUCCUAGCCUUAGCAUUGCUCCAAAACCAAAUUUCCCCCGACAGCCGCGGCCUCAGGGGGCCAUUUCUAAAUUGUUAACGGGUAACAAGUCAAUGUCUUCUCCUAAUAAUGUAAGUGGCAACCUUCAAAUGAGGAGGGUUGCUCCAAUGGAUCCCUCACAGUUUAAAGUUCGUAAACCGAAGCCACCCCAAAGGCAAGUGUCCAAAAUCCCUCCGCAGCUGUUACGAUUUCCUGGGCCAUCAAGACCCAGUGUACCAGGGCUAGAGCUUAUUGUUCCUAAGUCAUUUACAAUGCAGACAAAAACUAUUCCUGGUUCAAGUCAGGGUGGUUCGCGGCCACGCAUGUCAGCUCCUACACAAGGGAUCAUGGAAAAUCUUGCUCUAUUGCGUCAAUACCGGUCGUUGAAGCCUAAACCAAUUGAACCUAAACCAUCAGGUUUCAACCCGAUGAUUUGUGAUGUGCGAUCGUUGGCAUCAACUGAUACAGAUGGCCCAAAGCCUGCAGCUGCAGGGUCAAUGCCCAAAAUCCCAAAAGCAUUGACCAUCACGCAGGUCUCGCAACCAGGUGGUUUACCACGCAGUGUGACGGUUUCGCUCGAAAAGAAACCUAAUCAAAUUCCUGCAGCGUUCCUUGGUGGUGAAAAACCGUCUGUGUCUGUUUUCUGUGAAGUCAAUCCACCACCUUGAGCUCUGAGAGCUGUUUCGGGUAUCUCUGUAAAUAUUGGUUUACUUCAAAGUUCCUAGCCUUGAGGCAAUGCAAGCGUAAUCAGCAUGGUUUGGUUUGGUUUAAUUGCCCUCUACUUUGGCUACAUACAGUAGGAAUUCUUCCUCUUGUCUCUGACUGUUUCAGUUAGACUUCUGUCUCAAUAGCAUAUAUCCAUUCCUGGAGCAAAAUGACCUCAGCUUGUAGUAAACGGCCGAAAUUUGUCUUUUAUCAUCGCAUGCUGACCAUUUCUAAACCAAAGUCUUAAAUUAUUGAAAUAUAUCCAUCCUGAAUAUUUCAGAUGAUCUGCAUCUUUGUAAGUGCAAGGCGUUCCUAGUAAUUAAAAAAUAAAAUAAAAAUAGACCCUGUCCUGUGACUCACCAUUACCAUGCAAUGAUUAAACUGUUUUGAUACGAGCACUAACUUUUUUCAAAUAAAAACAACCAGAAAAAGAUCAUCUCAAAAUGUUACUUCUUCAGAAACUUUUUACAAACAAUUAGGGUAAUUAUAUACAUAUCGAUAGUGAAACUCCCAAACCACGUAUCUUGAUUUGCAACUCUUCAAAAUUCCUGUGAUACUUUUUAAACACAAAAUUACAUCAAAUCGUAAGAAGCACCUAUCAUAAUUUUUCUCUUUUGUGUGAAGAAAAGACUGUGAAAACUUCAAGAAAUGAGGUAAAUGUGUUCUUCUGCAGAAAAAUAAAAUUUGAACGAAGAUUUUUUAAACACUGCAAGGGAGAUAAGUUGUUUGGGAGUUUCACUGCCGUUUUAUCAAAACAGAAAAAUUAAUUUCCUACGAUUUUGAAAACUACUAUUUUAUUAUUUUCUUCAUGUUUUUGAAAAGUGUAACAUUGGCAAUGAGGAAUCUUUUUACAUAAGUCUGUGAAAGCAUAUUCGGA